AGUUAGGGUAUCAUUUGGUUUAACUCAAUUCUUCGUCUCUCUAUAGAUGCCAAACGCCACCUUCCAAGUUCCAACCCCCUUCUCCUCUCUAUAAAUAAACCCUCCUUCUCAAUUUUGCAUAAACCUCGAUUCCUCCGCUUCAUUGCAUUUCUCUCCCGUCACAAAAUGUCGGCCAUCAGACUUACUACCCCAACCACCAUCAUAACCACACGCAAAACCUCCACCACCCCCAGCGCUUUCCUAAAAUCCCCCUCCACUCUUCCAUCAAUCAAGAGCAUCUCAAAAGCUUUUGGCUUGAAAUCAGGGUCGUCUUUCAGGACGACAGCCAUGGCGACAUACAAAGUCAAGCUAGUUGGACCAGAUGGAGAAGAGAAUGAAUUUGAAGCACCUGAUGAUUGUUACAUUCUUGAUUCAGCUGAAAACGCUGGAAUUGAGCUGCCAUAUUCUUGCAGAGCUGGAGCGUGUUCAACCUGUGCUGGAAAGAUGGCUACUGGAUGUGUUGACCAGUCUGAUGGGUCUUUUCUUGAUGAUAAUCAAAUGAAAGAGGGAUACUUGUUGACUUGCAUUUCUUACCCUACUUCUGAUUGUGUGAUUCAUACCCACAAAGAAGGUGAUCUUUAUUGAGUUUGGUAUGUUUUUCUGAUUAUGUUGGUUCUUGUUUAUUAUCUGGAUUUUGAAUUGUUUGUGGUAGUAGGUUUUGAAACUUUGUUGUCUAGAAUCAAAUGUGUUUUUAUGA